UGUGUGUGUGUGUGUGUGCGUGUGUGUAGGUGUGCGUGCGUGUGUGUGUGUGUGUGUGUGUGUGUGUGAGACUACAGAGAGCUCAGAGACUCUUCAGCCGUCAGUGAAUCAGAGUGAAUCGGGAGGUGAAUCACCACUAACACACUCAGUCAGUUGCAGUUGGAGCAGAAACCAGAGUCUGUGACAUUUUAACUCGGAACUGAAAGAAUGAAUGAGCGAGUUUGGGUGAAGCAUGGCUGGACCACCAUCAUGUGCGCUCUUGUUCUCUUGCAACUAUGUCUCGGACAGAAAGACUGCACCGGAGUGGACUGUCCACAUCUGGACAACUGCAUUGAGGAGGUUCUGGAGGACGGCGCAUGCUGUGCCACAUGUUCACAGCGAGGCUGCAUAUGUAAAGGGUAUCAGUAUUAUGAUUGCAACAGCGCCGGGUUUAAAGAAGGGAAGGUUCCUGAAGGAGAGUCGUAUCUGGUGGACUCGGGCAGUACAGAGUGUUGGUGUCCUGCAGGUGGAGGUAAUAUAAGUUGCCGCUUCAUCCCAUGUCCUGACGUCCCUCCUCACUGCAUCGAGCUGUCCGACUCCACCGAGGCCUGUUCUCACUGCCUGCGCCUAGGUUGUGUCCAUCACAACCACAAAUACGAAGCAGGCCACUCUUUCCACAUGGAUCCAUGUCAGGUGUGUCACUGUCCCAAUGAGGGCGGUGAACUCAUGUGCUCUGUGAUUCCUGAUUGCUCCUCAGAAAUGGCCAAGAAUCCUGAGGUAAAGAAGAAUGAGCUGCAUGUUUCCAAACAUGAACAUCCUGGCGAUUUCCUCAGUGAAGAACAUAAACUUCCGAGUAACUCAGUGCCUAAAUACACAGAGAACAGAUCAGAGUUUGAAGAGGAGGAAGACUAUGACUAUUUCCCAGAAGCCACCGCAAGUCCAUAUACUUUUGUUUCUUCUUCUGCAACUCUUCAAACUCAAAAUCCACACGAGGUUCUGCAUGAAGACACCAGGAAGGAGCUUAAAGAGACACUGGGAACAUAUGAAGUGGAAUCUCGAGAAGAAGAAACAGAGGACUCUCUAAACUCUCCUAUCACUGAGACAGACUCAAGAUCUUAUGAAACGUUAUCUCAGACAGAAACCAUUGCUAGACACACACAGGUUCCUCCAAGAAAAAUCACAACCAUUACCACAGAUGACAUCCAAAGAACAGAGAGGAACCCUGACCCUUACAGGGACCUUCAUCACACCAUCCCAGAACUUAACACCCUCCCGAAGCUGCAGUUCAUAUCCACCACUAAACCACCAGUGAACGUGAGAGAACGUGAAGCUCACAGGCAGCCUCAAAUUCUGGGCAGAUACCACCAAGAGGGAAACGGUCUCCAUCUAACCUCCAACAACCAAAGAGUCAAUUCCAGAGAGAUUAUCAUGUGCUGUGAAGCAGGUGAGAACUGGGCGUCUGCUCACAGCCACUGCAACAACAUGGUACCCUUGAGGACAGACCUGGGUUCUACUUGCUGGUGGGCUCAGAGACAGUGCUGUUCGAGUUCACUGAGAGAAACUCAGUGUUCGUCUGGAAUAAACACGGCAAGAAGGGGGCGUGACUGUGGAGCUGAUGACCCAGAUCUCUGUGAUUCAUAUAUGGAGUGCUGUAUGUGUUGUGUGCUGGGUCUGCAACUCCAAGCACAACAACAGUCAUGUGACCCUCUACAAGGUUUGGGUGUGACCUGUAGCCACGCCCUUCUGACCUGCUGUGAGGGCACAGGAUCGACCAAUCAGAGCUCAGUCAGGGAGAGGACACACCCCCAAGCCACCAGCCCACCCAGGAAAGAUUCUGAAGGUCCUGAACACCAGGCUUUUUCUGUGGAGGAGGUGGAGGACACAGAAAACAUGGUGGAGAAGACGGAGGGUCUGGAGGAUGUGGAUGAGUGCCGAGUGUACGCCGGGCAGCUGUGUCAUCAUCAGUGUGUCAACACACAGGGAUCGUACGUGUGUGUGUGUUUCCCUGGAUUCGUCCUGCAGCGUGAUGGGAUACAGUGCCUUCAAGAAGUGACGGCUGAUGAUGAAAACGGACAGAUUGAUGCCAGCCCAAAACCAGUGGAGACGAGCACCACACCACCUCCUGGCCUUCUCAGAGAACCAUGUGAAGGAAACGGCCACUGUGCUCAUCACUGUCACCUAGUGGAGGGUCGAGAUCACUGCUUCUGUUCCCCAGGAUUCUCUCUAAUGCCUGAUGGACACUCAUGUGAAGAUAUAGAAGAGUGUUUUCUCCACACACACUCCUGUCAACUACAUGAGAGGUGUGAAAACACUGUGGGCAGUUUUAGGUGUGUGCAACAGAUUGUUUGUCCAUCGGGGUAUCAGCUGAGGAACGACUUGUGUGAAGAUAUUAACGAGUGCAUUCUGGGAGCUCACAGCUGUGGCGUGGGGUUGGACUGCAUCAACACGGCCGGUUCGUUCAGCUGCAGAGCAACACUGAGGUGUCCAGGAGGAUUUACCCAUGACUCACUGGGCCAGUGCAGUGACAUUGAUGAGUGCAGUACAGUAACUCAACCCUGCAGUUCAGGUUUUAACUGCAUCAACACCGUGGGCUCGUACACCUGUCAGCGCAAGAUCAUCCUGUGUGGCAGAGGCUAUCACUCCAGUCCUGAUGGCACCAGGUGUAUGGAUACUGAUGAGUGUGAAACUGGAGUCCAUCGCUGUGGAGAAGGUCAGAUUUGUCAUAAUAUCCCUGGAAAAUAUCGAUGUGACUGUCAUCCAGGUUACCAGUACGACAUGUACAGGAGGACAUGUGCAGAUGUGAAUGAAUGCUGGCGUUAUUCGGGCAGGCUUUGUGCUCAGACGUGUGAGAACACUCCAGGCUCAUAUCGCUGCUCCUGCAACUCAGGAUUCACUUUAUCCAGUGAUGGCAAGAGCUGUGAAGAUGUGAAUGAGUGUUUAAACAGUUCCUGCAGUCACGAGUGUGUAAAUGUCUACGGCUCGUAUAAGUGUUACUGCAGACAGGGUUACUACCUGCGUGAGGACACACACAGCUGUGAAGAUAUUGAUGAAUGUUCUCAGAGCAUCGGACAUCUCUGUGCCUACAAGUGUGUUAACAUUCCAGGAAGUUACGACUGUGCCUGUCCUGAACACGGAUACAGCAUGGCUCCGAACCGACGCUCCUGCCACGACAUAGACGAGUGUACAGUUGGAGCUCAUAACUGUACAGCAGACGAAACAUGUUAUAACGUUCACGGUGGAUUCCGCUGUCUGUCCUUCAGCUGUCCGACAAACUACCGCCGAGCUUCUGACACAGGCUGUGAGCGAAUCAGCUGCUCCAACUACUUGGAGUGCCAGAACUCUCCAGUGAGAAUCACGUACUACCAGCUCAGCUUCCAGACCAACAUCAUCGUCCCGGCGCUCAUCUUCCGCAUGGGGCCGUCUCCCGCCUUCUCCAGCGACAACGUCAUCAUCAGCAUCAGCAGCGGCAACGAGGACGGCUACUUUAGCCCCAGAAAGCUGAAUGCGUACACUGGCGCCAUCUACCUGCAGCGGCAGCUUCCACAGCCUCGGGACUUCCUGCUCAACGUGGAGAUGAAGCUGUGGAGGCAGAGCACCUUCACCACCUUCCUGGCCCGAAUCUACAUCUUCAUCACAGCUAAUGUUGUCUAAUGCUGGACUUUUACACAUCUUUGGCCCUGACAGUCAAAAUUUACAAUUAGUCACUGAUUUUAGUGUUUUAGUGAAUUAUUAUUAUUAUUAUUAUUAUUGUUAUUAUUAUUAUUAUAAAAACUCGAAUAUAUUAUGUUAUUAGGGCUGUUUUAAUAAAUCCAGCAUUAAAUUAAAACCACACUGUGGUAAUGAUUAAAAAUCAUUUUUAAAUUUUAAAUUCAAUUUCAUUUAAAUGACUAAUUCAAAUGUACACAGUAGACAAUGUUCACCACGAGAUUAGGAAUUUGUUCACAGUUUACAAAUUUCACACUAAGUUCACAAAUCACAGAUUAUAAUUUUCACAGCUGUAACAUGUUAAGUGGGUGGGGCCUAGUGCAACACUGUAAAGACCAGAGGGGCGGAGCUUAAAUAAAAGUAAAAAGUUCUGUAGCUACGUUCUGAGUACUUAUUUUUUUGUUGUUUAAAGUGAUUAUAGUGUAUAAUGGACAUUUGUCAUUUUUAAAGUUGUAAUCAGAAAUAUAAAAGUUUUUUUUAAUUCUUCACAACUAUAUCUUUCAUGGAAAUAUUACACUAUGAUGACUUUGGAGACGCCUUCCACAUGUUACACAAACA